AUGUCCAUAUCAAGGCUCAAUCUGUCAAUGAAGUCACGCAUCGUAAGAUGCUGCCGCACGGUUCUCGCCUUUUGUUUUCGAAACUCCUCCGCGCAACAGCUUCGAAGCGCGAUCGAAGAAGUCCCAUUGAUUGCGAUUACCCUCCUCGGACAAAGUUUAAAAGCUCAUCCUUUCAUUAAUAUCGUUACCGUAGUCACGUUUUUUCUCUGUUUGCUUCGGUUUUGCCUUGUCAGUUUACGUUCCCCAUUUCCACAGAAACUAGACUGUGUCCGGAAGCUCAUUCAAAUUGCUCGACCGGAAACCCUCUAUUUCACUCGCGAAACGGUCACGAAAGUUCAAUCGCGUAAAAGAUGCCCUGGUAGAGGAAGUUGUGUUGGUCGGAAAUGCGGAUUAAUAAACGCAACGAGUCUUGUUGACGAACUUUCGGAAGCGAACACGUACCCAGGAAUAACAUAUUGUACGGAAUCAUGUGGUUUUUGGGGCUGUGACUGUGGUUUUCCCUCUUCUGGGUGCCUUUUUUAUAGGGUUUACAAAAAGCCAGUUAGUACGGAAAUAUACGAAAUUUUUCAAUGCCCCACUUGGUACGAAACCGUAAACAUCAGUCUCGGAAAUCUCUCACUCUACUGGCAAGAACACCUAUACCUCCGAAUCCCUCUAUUAACCACGCAAUUUAUUCGUAAGAACUCCGCUAUAGCAAUAAUUCCUUCGAAUACGCAAGUCACGUAUGCUUGUGCCAAUUCUAAUCUUACACAUUUAGAAGAGUGUACGGUGAAGGACACCUGUAAGUGUACACCAGCGCAAAAUGAAGUAAAUUGUUACUGUACAGAUGAUCAAGUUAGCAAUAUAUUCAACUUUGCAGUCCACUCUUCCUCUAACGUACCCUAA